AUGAAAAGACACUUAUUUGUACUGGGCCUCCACCUGCUCUCUCCACUGGCAAAGGCUCAAGGCCCAGCCGAACAGGCAUGGCCAACUCCCACUGCCGGCAACUUUACAAUUCCAAAUUUCGCCUUCGACUCCGGAGAGACCCUGGACGUACUCGAGCUUCACUACAAGACGUUGGGCAAAUUGCAAGUCAACGAUGAUGGGAGCAACAAUGCGGUCUUCAUUAUGCAUGGCAGCACGGGUUCAAGUGAACAAUUCCUGAACGAUGAUUUUGCCGGCGCUCUCUUCAACCCCGGCCAAAUUCUCGAUGCAGAUAAGUACUUCAUUAUCCUUCGAGAUAGCAUUGGGCAUGGCAACUCGAGCACUCCUCGCAAUACAGGUCUUCAUGCCCGAUUUCCGAAAUACCAGUACUCGGAUAUGGUCCGUGUUGACCACCAACUCCUCACCGAGCAUCUCGGGGUGUACCACCUGAGGCUAGUCAUGGGUGUCUCCAUGGGUGGUAUGCACACUUGGAUGUGGGGCGAGCAACAUCCAGAUUUCAUGGACGCCUUGAUGCCAAUUGCUUCACUGCCAGUGCAGAUCACUGGCCAGAAUCGACUUUGGAGAAGAUUCUUCAUGGACUUGAUCCAGAGCGACCCGGAAUGGAAAGGGGGCGACUAUGAAACCCAGCCGUUGAUGGCCCUCCAGGGCGCUAUGAGCGUACUACAAGUCAUGUUUGCCGGACCUCAGCAUCUGGCGCGAGAGUUCCCCACUAGAGACGCUAUGGAUGAGGAAGUCGACCAGCUGUCUGAGCUCCUCCUGGAUAACCGAGAUUACUACGACGUCAACAAUCAGCUCUACGCAUACAACGCUUCAUAUACCUACGACCCUGAAGCUGACCUCGGAAAGAUCAUGGCGCCUUUGACGGCGGUGAAUACUGCUGACGAUCUGAUGAAUCCGCCGGAUCCUGACAUCUUGAGACCAGCGGUCCAGAAUCAAAUGGCUGAAGGACUAGGCAAAGCUGUCAUCAUCCCGGCCAGUAACAAGACCAUUGGCCAUGGUUCUUACAUCUUGGCAGAUCUGUGGAAGGACGAACUCGUACAACUUCUUGCCAGAUCUGAGAGGUCAUAG